CUUACUGUGGUGGAAUAAAUGGGACAUACGUAUUCCUUCUCACCAGAUGAUCGCCGCGUGAGUGGAGGGGAUUUAUCCGUCAAAAACACGUUAGAGUUCUAGUUACUAUCCAAGAAUAUUUGUUAUGAACUAUCAAACGUGUCGUAUAAGAUGAGUGCUCGUUAAUGAGAGUUUCAUAAUAUUAUAAUAGACUAUAUCUCAUGCUCGGCUCAAUCUCAGUGUAGAUUAGUCGGCAUAAAAACAACAAUUCACAAGCACUAUCGGUGAGAUCGUGGGUGAUUAUAAAUUAAAUUUCUCGCUUUGUAAACAAAAUGACAUUGCUAGGAAACGCUUUCGUGUGUGCAACAGACAAUAAUAGCACAAAUUUUGAAGAUCCCUAUAAGGAUUUAGUGCCGGAUUGGAUUUGUGCUCUAGAAUAUGUUCCUUGGUGUUGGGCCAUAUUUGGUUCUCUCCUUGUUGGACUCAGUGGAGUUUUGCCGCUCCUUGUCAUUCCCAUUGACCAAUCCGACAAUUUGAAGCAAGGAGAUAGUGCGAAUAAAUUGAAAACACUGCUAAGUUUUGCUGUAGGCGGACUUCUGGGAGACGUAUUUCUUCAUUCCUUGCCUGAAAUUUGGGCUAAUGAUACAGUUACAAAAUUUGAUAAUGGACACCAUAUCUCAAACAGUGGACUGUUAAUUUUAACAGGGCUCAUAAUAUUUGUGGCUGCCGAAAAAUUAUUCUCUGUGAUAGAACAAGUAGAAAAUAGUGAAAUAAACACAGUAGAAAAUAAUAAUACCAAAGGUUUAAAACAGCCACUCGGACAAAAGAAAUCUGUUGCGGGUUACCUAAAUUUGGUGGCCAACACCAUGGACAACUUUACCCAUGGACUUUCGCUUGGAGGAGCCUUUUUGGUAUCUCUCAGGGUAGGACUACUCACAACUUUUGCCAUUUUAGUUCAUGAAAUACCACACGAAGUAGGCGACUUCGCAAUUUUGCUCAAAUCCGGUUUCACGCGGUGGCAUGCUGGUAUAUUCCAAAUGUUGACAGCUAGCGGAGGUCUCAUCGGUGCUAUGGCAGCCAUCAUGUUCAGCGGAGCGCGAACGGCAAUAGAAGCUAGAAGCUCAUGGAUUUUGCCCUUUACUGCAGGGACGUUUCUUCAUAUAGCAUUAGUGACUGUUCUCCCUGAUUUACUGAAAGAAGAAGAUCCCAAAGAGUCGUUUAAGCAGCUAAUGGCAUUAAUACUAGGGAUCGUUAUUAUGGCAUUCGUUACCAACGUUUUUGAAUGAACAUCGAAAAUAAAAAGUACUAUAGUUUAUUAGAAGAAAUGAUUGAUUAUUGUUUUAUAUUCAACAAAUUCACAGCUCCAAUCUGUUAUUCUAUAAUAAUAAACAAUAUUUAUUUUUUUAAUAAUAAUUAGCACUAAUCGUUUUAACUUUCAUCGUUUUUUCCAAUACUCUAUAGUUUGGCACAAUUGACAUCCUUGUACGAUGUGUUACAUCAAAAAUAAGAAUGUUUUUAACAGAAUUGUUUAAUGACACAAUAUUUUCUAAAAAAAAUCUAUCCAGACAACCGCCAUUUUCGGCACAAGAUAUAUUUUUUAAUUGAAAGAUUAAUGUUCAUAAUCGUUCAAGUUUGGUGAUAUAAAAUUGUAACACAUUUAAUUUGAUUAAUGCACAGUGGUUUCCAAAAUCCAAUGAAUUGUUGUCUCAGUUAGUAUGAAAACAAUAGAAUAUCGAAUCGAUGAUAUAUUAAUUGCCUCCUAGAUUUUUCAAAUUUUAUUACAUAUUCUCACAAAUCAUCGAAGAGUUAAAAAGUCUUCUCACAUAGUUGAAAACGUUGCAAAAAAAAUAUUUAAAGGAAAUUCACAAAUUACAUCACAAACAUUUCCUCUAUGUUCUUUGCGAUAUGUAUAGAAUUUGCUACUAAAGACUGGUGUAGAAUCUUGAACGUUACUCUUUGUUUGGUGGAUUUAAUGUAUGGUUGUCAUAUUUUCACACACUAAUGAUUUGUUUUCCAGAAACUCGCGUCAUUUUGAUCAAAGUUGAACGAAUCUGCACGACAAACUCGAUAUUUUUUUCAUUUGCACUUCAGAAGUACUAGAAAAUGCAUAAUUUUUUAAAACUAUUCAAUCAGUGGUAUUAUUCACAUGUUAUAUCUCCGAGAGAGGAGGUCUGGAGCUAAAAGCAUAUAUUUAUAAAGAGUUAUUCACGACAAAAUAAACACAGCUAAUGGUAAAAUUUAUUGUUCAUUUCAUUUGAAUUAUACAAGAACAUGUAUAAAAAACUUAAUGGAUGGGUUUUUCUGUUCAAGUGAUAUAUGUAUGUUAGGGUUCUAUGUACAAAAGAUCUAUUGUGUCCCCCUUUCUUACUGCGAUACUGGGAAACCCACUGAUUAUAGCUGUUCUAUUAAUCCCAUUCUUCUUAGAACCUUCAGUCAUGGUUUAGCUUUGUACCGUCUUCUCUAUGGUAACUUCUCAUCUAGGUUUUCACUUAAGGUUCUAUUUGCCACUCUUUUAUAUUUGACUUUCAACGAUUCAUAAAAAUUUGACUUGAAACCUCAAAUAAGUGAUUAUUUCAUAAUGCUAAACCCUCGUUUACAUUCUGAUGAACUACAAGGAAUAUAUUUUGUGCAGUUAAAUAACGGUAUAAGGUAUUCUCAAGAUGUCAAUAUAAUUUCCGAAGGAGACUGUAAUUUUUAUUUUGUUGAAUGUGAACCUUUUACAGAGUUUUUCGAUUCACCAAGCUGUGCCGAUGCUCUAGUUGGUCACUAAUCAGUUUUUAGAACUCUUAGAGUCCGACAAGAGCAAAUUAUGUUCUACAUUUUUGGGAGAAGUACUAUCCGCUAAUGCUGAUGUCAUUAGAAAGCAUUCUUCUACUUAUAUUGCUUAUCCAUUUUGUUUGUUUGUGAGAGAAACAUUGUUAAAAUGACCCUAUUUUUCGGCAACGUAAGCUGCAAGAGACUAUGUUUUUUUUGAGGAGUUGAAAAAAAUCUUCUGAUUAACGUUACAGCAGCUUCUCGCUUUUGUAAACAUUCUACAUAACGGCUAGAUUGUGUAGGAACUGAGAAUACUACAGAGAUUGUAUAGAUCUCUUUCUAUUGGAGCUCUGUAUUCGCAAACUUUGACUUUCUCAAGAUGGUUGUAAACAGCCAAGUAUUUAUAUCACCUAGAGCAAACAGUAAUUUUUUUAAGACAAAACAAUUUCAUUGGUGACAAGUGCUAUUACCUCUUUUUGUUAUUUUUCCUAUUGGAAAACACUGUUUAUUACACUUUUUAAAAACAUUUUAGAUGCAUCGUCAUUAACAAUCCCAUUUUGAUUUAUAGCUGUGUUAAUAAUGUGGCCAUAUAAAUUUUCCUCUAGUGAUAUCUAAUUUUAAAUAUGUAUAUACAUAUUUUAUCAGUAUUUUUAGGUAGAAUAGAGAUUAAUUUGAUAUUUGAAGAAUAAUUGUCUUCUUUAUAAAAAAAUGUAAAUUUUUUAAAAAAGUACAAUUAUAUUUUGUGAA